AUUUGAAAGCAUGCACAGUCGCAGAGCUUUCUGUGAUCGUGUGUGUCUUUGUAAUCCCUGCAGAUGUGGGAAACGCGCACCAUGUGCUAGUGUCGGGUCCGAGCGCGUCCGUCCAAACAGCUGUGCGCGUGAUAACCAAUGACAAACAGAAGACGCGGUGAUAUUUAAACGUCGGCAGAUCGCGCGUGCCGUAGCGAUGCGAUGCUCGGCGUUUCGUGCGCUGUGAGCGAGAGGAUGCUGCCUUCACGGAGUCAACGCGUUCACGGACCUAACGGGGUUUCAGGACACACCUGUAGCUGUUUUACCUGCUCUGCAUGAUGCCUUAUUUCAGACAUUUACUGGUUUUAAUGGUCUGCCUGGGCUCGUUUGGGGAAUGCAGAAAUAAACACAGCACGAGAGAGAGGAGGUGGACGGGACCCGUGGAAACUCAGAAACAUGGCACCUCCCUUCCCAAGAAGCCGCCAGACGUGACGAAAUCACGAAAACUGAAAACUGAACAGUUAUUGAAAGUGGAUGACCAUGACUUCACAAUGAGACCAGCAUUUGGAGGUCCUGCUAUUCCAGUUGGAGUUGAUGUUCAAGUGGAGAGUUUGGACAGUAUUUCAGAAGUAGACAUGGACUUCACAAUGACCUUAUACCUGAGACACUAUUGGAAGGAUGAACGGCUAUCCUUCGCCAGCACUACAAAUAAAAGCAUGACGUUUGAUGGGCGACUGGUGAAGAAGAUCUGGGUUCCUGAUGUGUUCUUCGUCCACUCGAAGAGAUCUUUUAUUCAUGACACGACCACAGAAAAUAUCAUGCUGAGAGUGUUUCCAGACGGACACGUUCUAUACAGCCUGAGGGUCACCGUAACAGCGGCCUGCAACAUGGACUUCAGCCGUUUUCCGCUGGAUUCCCAGACUUGCUCUUUGGAACUGGAGAGCUACGCCUACACGGAUGAGGAUCUGAUGCUGUACUGGAAAAGUGGAGAUGAGUCUUUGAGCAUAGAUGAGAAAAUCUCCCUCUCUCAGUUUCUUAUACAGAAGUUUCAUACUACCUCUCGACUGGCGUUUUACAGCAGCACAGGAUGGUACAACCGCCUGUAUAUAAACUUCACGCUCCGCCGCCACAUCUUCUUCUUCCUGCUACAAACUUAUUUCCCCGCUACACUGAUGGUUAUGUUGUCGUGGGUGUCCUUCUGGAUUGAUCGCAGGGCUGUUCCAGCCAGAGUUUCACUGGGUAUCACCACGGUGCUCACCAUGUCUACAAUCAUCACUGGGGUGAAUGCCUCUAUGCCCAGAGUCUCCUACAUCAAAGCUGUGGAUAUUUACUUGUGGGUCAGUUUUGUAUUUGUGUUCCUGUCUGUCUUGGAGUAUGCAGCCGUCAACUAUCUGACCACAGUCCAGGAGAGGAGAGAGAGGAAGCUCAGAGAACAAGUAAGAAAGCAGUCAUUGCCCUGCACCUGCGGUAUGUCCCACACCAGGACCAUGAUGUUGGAUGGGACCUACAGCGAAGCUGACACCAACAGUUUGGCCGGUUACACAGAGGCUCCCAUGGUUCCAGAGGAGGUGAUGCCAGAAAAGCAGGAACAUAUGGUGGUUCACCUGUCAGUUAGCAGUGAGUCCACCACCACCAAGAAGAAGGGCAUUCGCGCCUUUCGAAUUAUACAGAACACGCACGCCAUUGACAAGUACUCCCGUAUGAUCUUCCCUGGAGCCUAUAUCAUUUUCAACCUUAUUUACUGGUCGGUUUACUGCUGAACACGCUCCGACUACAAACGUCUCAGACUCUGAUGGACUUGAGAUUUAUAUAACCAUCAUUCAGAUUUUUGGCUGCACAUCAAACAUUGGCUAAUGUGAUAAAAACCGGAAACUGCAUUUUUCAUUAAGAUGGGAAUAAAAUGAAAAGACGUAAAUUAGGAGGUUUCUCUGUUUAUACAGACUUUAAGGGAUAGUUCACUCGAAAAUAAAAAUUCUGUCAUCAUUUACUCACUCUCAUGUUGUUACAAACCUGUGUGAAUUUCUUUUUUUUGAUGAACACAAAAGAAGAAAUUUUGAUAAAUUAUGGUAAGCACACAGCUGGUGGAAACCAAUGACUUUCAUAGUAGGAAAAACAAAUACUAUGGAAGUAGUGUGAUAAAUGAUGAUGAAGAUAUUUUGAUAAAAUAUGGUAAGCACAGAGUUGACGGUUCCCAUUGAAUUCCAUAGGAUUUGUUUUUCGAACUAUGGAAGUCAAUGGUUUCCACCAGCUGUGUGCUUAUAGGAAUAUUCUGUUUUCUUAAAAGAAAAAUCCAGAUAAUUUACUCACCACCAUGUCAUCCAAAAUGAUGAUGUAUUUCUUUGUUCAGUCGAGAAGAAAUUAUGUUUUUUGAGGAAAA